UGACUUCUAUAAACAACAAAAAACAAUAAACUAAAAACAAGUGUUAAAAGUGUAAAAAUUGAAAAUAUUUGUGCCUUUUUACCGAAGAAUAUACCAAAAACAAAGAAUGCUUGCAAAUUAAAUGAUUAUUUUAGAACAAAAAUGUGGAAAUAAUAAAAUUCAGAAAUAAAACAAAAGACAGACCAUUUCCCAAGAGUGUUAAAUCCAAUUGUUGAUUCGAUAGAAACAAAAACAGUGCUUAGUCAUCAUCAUAAUCUUCAAUAAUAAAUGGUUAAUAACAAAAUGGAUUAAACAAAUUUGGUGUUCCCUGCAAAACAAUUUUGAAAUAAUAUGCCAUAAAAAUCUCGAUAAUUUCCCCUAUUGCUGGCGAAAUGUUGAAUAGAUAAGGUUCAUUGCCAAAAUAAGAGGUCCCCUCACCAACGUCAAUACAAUACGAUUACAUUAACGUGUUAGACCUCAUUUGAGGUCCAGCCCAAAGGGCUAAGACUGCAGACAAAAACGAAGCGAAAUAGUCCCAAAUAUCCACAACAACAACACCAUCAAAAACACCCCCCCACCCCAAUACACAUACAAUGACAGAAAAUCAAAUUUAUUCCAUGUCGACAGAAUUAUUCGACUCAUCUUCCAACAGCAGCAAUCCAUUGAAAUACGAUCUGUAUUCAUUGGGUACGUCGGCGUUAUUUGCCACAUUUGCGAAUAAUAGCAGUGGCAGCAGUAGCAACAACAACAAUACUAACGGGAAUAAUAACGGUAGCAACAACAACAAUACUAACGGGAAUAAUAACGGUAGCAACAACAACAACAACACCAACAGUAAUAGCAACAGCAACAACCACUCAGGUGGUGGUGGCUUUGGAACAGCAACAUCCACAUCAUCUGGUUCAUUGCCAUUUUUCUCAACGAUUUCGUCUCACAUCGGAGGUGGUGGUGGCAGUGGCUUUUCCAACGGUGGCAGUAGUAGUAAUGUCAUAACAAUACCCCGCAGUAAUAAUCCCAAUCAAUUACACAAUCCCUAUCAGGACGAUAUUUUACAUCAUCCAUCUUCGAGUCCCUUCUUGAGUCAUCUGUUGCAGCAUCAGCCACAGUUGUCGACCUCAGCGUCAUCGCCAUCAUCUUCGGCGGUAACGGCAUCGCAGCAGCAAAAUCUUAAUCAAACUAACAACAUGAUGUCCUCACAGAAUCAGCAGAACCAGCAACAAUCAAACGGCCAAAAUAAUCAACAGCAGCAGCAGCAGCAACAACAAUCCGGUGGUGGUGGCGGCCUUUUAAGUGUUUCAAUGGCUGACUACUCCGAUUAUGGCCUCGAUGCCUUGGAAGCGGCCUCGUUGUCGCCCACCCUUUUGCAGGAUGUCAAUUUAAGUGCCGCAACCCAGAGUCUAACACCAGGACAAACUUCCAACUCAAUAUCCGUUAUAUCGCCCUUCUAUAGCCAUGAUGCCUCCUCACCCCUGAGUCACAAUGGCAGUGUGGGCAAUGGCUCCUCAAGUCUACUGAGCAGCAGUGUUGGUGGCGGUGCCUCCGGCGGUGGUGGUGGCGGCAUUGGUUUGAACAUCUCUUCACCACCCAGUACCGAUAUCACCGGUGUGGUGACAUUUUUGGGUUCCUCGACCACUGCCGAUGACCUGAGCUCCUCGCUGAUGUACGAUGUAAAUGUGGCCACAUCGGGUAACACCAUGUGGAGCGAUAUUGGUAGUGCCAUUGUUACCACAAAACAUGAACCCUUUUCCUUGGAGGAUGAUUACAUCUUCCCCAUCGAUAAAAAUGAUAUCAACUCUGCUGGUUUCGGAGCUCUGGAGGAUGAUCAUUUUCUAGAGGAUAUUUCAAAUUUGGAAGAAUUUCUACCGGGGACAGGCCACGAUGGGACAAAUGGUUUCUUGCUAUCGCCGUCAUUGCAUUCGACAACGCAAACAACGCCAUCGCCGGGCAUGGGACCGCCCAUGGAGUUGAUGCAGCAAAGCCAUCAUCAGCAACAACAGCAGCAGCAACAACAACAACAACAUUUACAACAAUUUACCCAACUACACACGAUGCAGGCAUCGUCAUCAUUGGACAGUGGCAAUGGUAGCUCCAUCAGUUCCAAUUCGAUGCUACAGCAACAACACCAGACAUCUCAGCAGCAGCAACAAAAUCAUCAAAGUUCCUCCUCUAGUCCGUAUGAAAUUUAUCACAGCACACCAAAUAAACAUCAGCUAAAUAACACGAAUACCUUUUCACCGGGAAGUCAGUCCUCCCACUCACCCUUACAAAUGAAUUCCAUAACACCACCACCACCCCAUGCCAAUCGUUCACAGUAUCAAGUCAAGUCUCGGAAAAUGCAUGAAAUUAUGAAAAAAGAUUAUUCCCUGUCGCCGGAUCGCAACAGUUCCAUUGCCAUGCUGGGACACUCGGUGCCAGCCAAUGGCCAAGGAGGUCUGCUAAUGUCCUCCCAUACAGCUGUUAGCCCGGCCGGCAGCAGUGGCUAUGGCAGUGCAAAUGGCAGCAGUGCGGGUGGUAGUGGUUCCAACGCCGGUCCGGCUGUGAUAAGCAUGAACAGUGCUCGCAAACAAUUCUAUCAAAUGGUGGCGGCCAAUGACAUCAGCGGCAAUACGAUAUCGCGGCUCUCAUCUUCGGCACCCACCCACCUGGGUCUGGACCACAUAUGGACACGACGUGAGCCUAGACAGCAUUUACUUUCAACCGGUUCAUUGGCUGAGGCUGAAUCAUUUUCAUCGCUAAGCACUGUCAGUGUUCUGUCGCCGGAUGGCCAUGACUAUUCCCAGGAGGAUGACGACGAUGACAACUCAUCAGAGUUCAACAGCGACAACUAUGAUGAUUUGUCCAGUGAUAAUGGUUCGGACAAUGAAGAUGAUAACACCACAAUCCGAGCCCGUUCCAAUUCGAAUAGCAGCACACAAUUGUCUACCUCAAAGGGCAAGGAACGCUACUUUUGGCAAUACAAUGUCCAGGCCAAGGGGCCAAAGGGUAAACGUUUGGUAUUCCAAUCAAAAUUGGAAGAUCCCCACGUUCUGAACGAGGUCACCGAUCCGGUGUUUAGUCCCAAUUGUUCGGUGCGAGGUAUCAAGGUAUAUAAGCAUAGCGGCAAGGCACGCAAAGGUGAUGGCAACGAUUUAACCCCAAAUCCACGUAAGCUGAAUAACAUUGGCAAGGAAUUGGAUCGUUUAAGUCGUACCAUCAACGAUAUGACUCCCGUCUCGGAACUGCCAUUCAAUGUAAGACCCAAGUCGCGUAAGGAGAAAAACAAGCUGGCUUCACGGGCCUGUCGCCUCAAGAAGAAGGCACAACAUGAGGCUAAUAAAAUCAAGUUGUACGGUUUGGAAAUUGAACACAAACGUUUGCUGAAUGCCAUUAGCGAUAUCAAACAAAACUUGGCCCUGAAAUAUCGUCAACGAAAUGUGGGCGAAAGCAGUGAAGAGACCGACAAACAAAUCGAAAGAAUUUAUAAGCAUGCCAUAGGUGGCUUAGCUAUUGCUGGCAGUACCACAGAUUUUGUCAACAAAGUGCUGGUGAAUGUUAAAAACGGCCAGCCCAGUGGUGGUCUGGAGGAACUUAAAAAUACCUAAGUCUAAGGAAUCAAUGUAAAUGCAUCGAGCAAUGAGGCAGAAACUUUUCAAACCCCAAAAUGCUAUACUUACUCCAAGCCAAGCCACGCCAAACACAACAAACUCUACUAUUACUACUACUCCACAAAGAUGAAACGAAGCUAACUACAAGAAGAAGAAAAAUUAUUUUACAAAAAUUAAGGCCCCCCUCCCUCUCCUAAGAAGAAAAUUAUUUCAACUAUAAUGCAACAACAAAAACAUAUAAGAGGCAUACAUACAAAAACAAAGAAAGAAACAAAAGUGAAAAUUGGUUAAUCUACAAGUAAGGAAUGAAAUCCAAAAAAACAAAAAUAA